CGCCAAAGGCCGACGCCUCAGAAGGCAGUUAUUUGCUCUGGUGCUUUCUUAACAUGGCCGCCGCUAAGGACGCAUGUGGCUUAGAAACUGCUGCUGGAAACGGGCGGCGGCUCCACUUAGGGAUUCCUGAAGCAGUGUUUGUGGAAGAUGUAGAUUCUUUCAUGAAGCAGCCUGGGAAUGAGACUGCAGAUACAGUGUUAAAGAAGCUGGAUGAACAAUACCAGAAGUAUAAGUUUAUGGAACUCAACCUUGCUCAAAAAAAAAGGAGACUGAAAAGUCAGAUUCCUGAAAUUAAACAGACUUUGGAAAUUCUGAAAUACAUGCAGAAGAAAAAAGAAUCCACCAAUUCACUGGAGACCAGAUUCUUACUGGCAGAUAACCUGUACUGCAAAGCUUCAGUUCCUCCUACUGAUAAAGUGUGUCUGUGGUUGGGGGCUAAUGUAAUGCUUGAAUAUGAUAUUGAUGAAGCUCAGGCAUUGUUGGAAAAGAAUUUAUCAACUGCCACAAAGAAUCUUGAUUCUCUUGAAGAAGACCUUGACUUUCUUCGAGAUCAGUUUACUACCACAGAAGUCAAUAUGGCCAGGGUUUAUAAUUGGGAUGUAAAACGAAGAAACAAAGAUGAAUCUACCAAGAAUAAAGCAUAACACUGGGAAUUGAAAAUGUGAUUCAGGUUUCCAAACAUGUUAAAUAAUCCGAGGUUUAAA